CGACAACGACAACGACAACAAAAAAGAAGAGGACGUUACGACGCAUCCGAAGUUGCGCUCUUCCCUGUGGCGACAUCUUGUCGAGACGCCCUCCCCGAUUCAAUUAAAUAGCGCCCGUCGCCCACAACCAACCCUCCGGGCACCAGUUGGCUAUCGCACACAACGAACAUGGAUGCUAAUGGGAGGGAUGCCUCUCGGGGCGGGGACCAGUAUGGCGAGGAAUGGGCGCACGAUUUGAGGGUGCAGUUCGAGCAGCUCCUGAGAACGAAGCGAUUAACCGACCUCUCGACACGAUCCCGCCAAGGAUCACCUGCGCCCGGGCACAGCGCAUCGUCGGGCAACCUCCGAGAUAUUUAUGCCGCCGAUCGUAGCAGGCCAGGGACGUCGGGCGACGCACUAACACCGCCUUCCUACUCAUCCGUCCGAAACCUUCCCAAGGUUCCGACCCCACCAGCAGCCGACGAUCUCGAGUCCACCCGAUUUCGAAACCUCCUCAUAUCACUAUCAGCAACACCGAUGAAGUACGAGAACCCCGGCCUGCUUGACGAGGCCCUGCAGGCGAUUCCACUCGACAGGAUCUAUGGAGAGGCCGAGGAGGAGUGCCAGGUGCUCCAAGCCGAGGCCGAGAGCAUGGGGGAUGGGCGCAAAGCGGAAUGGGGCUAUCAGGACUGCAUGAUCCGCGCCCUCCUAAGGUGGUUCAAGAACGACUUCUUCACAUGGGUCAACAACCCCCAGUGCCCAGUCUGCUUUUCUCCGACCAUCGCACAAGGAAUGACGCAGCCGACGCCGGACGAGAAGGCCUGUGGUGCCCUGCGCGUCGAGCUCUACCGUUGCUCCAACAACAACUGCCGAGCGUACGAGCGCUUCCCCCGGUACAGCGACGUCUGGCGCCUCAUGCAGACACGGCGCGGGCGAUGUGGCGAGUGGGCAAACUGCUUCAGCAUGCUCUGCCGCGCCAUCGGCGGCCGCGUCCGUUGGGUAUGGAACGCCGAAGACCACGUGUGGACCGAGGUCUACUCGGAGCACCAGAAGCGCUGGGUCCACAUCGACGCCUGCGAAGAGGCGUGGGACAAUCCUAGGUUGUACACCGAGGGUUGGGGUAAGAAGAUGUCGUACUGCAUCGCCUUCUCGCACGAGGGCGCUACCGAUGUCACCAGGCGCUACGUGCGCAAGACCGAGUACUACAACGAGCGCAACCGCUGCCCCGAAGAGGUCAUGUUGUAUGUCAUGCAGGAGAUCAAACAUCUCCGCCGCGCCAACUUGGAGAAGCAGAAACGCUUCGAUCUAGAAAAGGAGGACUCGAGGGAGGAUCGCGAACUCCGCAGCUAUGUCGUCGCCUCGAUCACGCAGGCUGUAACCCAGCUCGUGCCAACAGCAGCCGACGCCGGCCCGAGCAGGACUGGACUGGCCGCCCGAGGCGGGUCCUCGUCCAAUGACGACACCAAGGUCCCCGUGUCUGCCGACGUACCCGCACGCCAGAGCGGCAAUGCCGAAUGGGUAGCCGCCCGCGGGGAGAACGGCCGACGCAACCAAGGAUUCCCUCCCCCUCGUGGCCAGGGCCCGCCAUUCCCCUGAGCAACAACCGCCCCCGCCCCCGCCCCUCCACCUCCGGGGUCAAUCGCUAGCGUUCCAACCCCAUUAGAAAAACGUCGAGUCGCCGGCCAACGGUUUCGCUGUUCAUCGCAGCAAGAUACCCACCGUUGCCCGAUUGCGUCGAGACGUUGAUGGUUUUGUUCCCGCCAGCGACA